GAGGGUGGGGGAGGCGCGGCAGAACCUUUAUGAGGGAGGCGAGCAGGAGGACCGCGGCAGUGUGGGCGGCGUGAGUGGCGGCGCGGUAGUUCUGCUUUGGAGACACUCCACACAUCGCGGGCCAGGAUGGUGUCGACAAGCUUCUGCUGGCUCCUCCUGCUGACGGCCUGCGUCGCCCUCCUCGUCGGGGGGCACGGAGCGGCGUCCGCGCCGUGGCAACCCAUGCCGUUUGGAGCUCCUCUGCUCAUGGGCUUCAUGCGCCCGCGCCGCGCACCCCUGCCGCCGCCCGGGCCCCGGCCGCCGACGUCCCUCGGAGGCAUCCCCGGCCACGGCCCCGGCCCCGGCGCCCCGCCCCCGCCCGGCAACGGGGCGUACGCGCCACCCAGGUCACUCACCUUCAGCGGCUACUUUAGCGGGGCGGGCUCGCCGCAGGGCGACCCCUACGCCUUCAGCUGGGGACCGGCGAUCAGGAGCGCCGAGGAGGGCGCGCCCGAGGUGGCGCCUGUGGCAGAGCAGGAGCUCCCCGGCCCGGCUGCCGCCGUCCCCCAGGAUCCCGCCGCCCCCGAGGAGCCCGCCGCCAUCCAGCCGGACGCCCCCGAGAGCUCUCCUGCCCUAGCGGACGCCGACGGCGAGGCGGUGUUUGCGCCGCGACGCAAGGCAGGCUCCGGAGGAAAGAACAAGCCCGGGAAGCCUAGCUACCCGGUCCCGGAUAGUCCCGGACAGCAGCCGCCCCGCGGUCCCCCGGAAGAUGGCGCCGACGACCGCGGCGGCGACCGCGGAGGCUAUGGCACCAUAAACGCCUAUUUCCCAUUCAUGUUCGGGGCGGGUUGGCCAAUGGGGGGACAGCAAGGUCCCACGGGACCAAGCGGUCCUCGUCAACAUGGUCCUCGGGGCUAUGGCGCCCCGAACCCUCCGUCCAGCGGCUACGGUGGGGGCAACGGUGGAAGUGGAGGCAACGGAGGUAGUGGAGGCAGCGGUGGCAACGGUGGCGGAGGCGGCGACGGCGGCAACGGUGGCAAUGGAGGAAGCAACACCGGAAGCAACGGCGGCGGGAACGGACAACCGGGAGAGCAAGGCAGCGCGGGGUCACCAUACUAUCCGGUAGCGAUCGCCAACAGCUUCAGCACUGGACGCAAUGCCAUGGCCAGCAGCACCGCCACGGCGUACGGUGGUAGGUCAUGACAUAGUCUAAAAUCUAUUUAUAAUGACAUCGUUACGACAUCUCUUGAAAUUGGGAAUGUGUUCCCACCUGUUCAAUCUGCAUGAGUAGGCCAAGAAGUCCAUUCCUAUCUGUAUAUAAUUUCUAUAAAAAGAAACGAAAUAAUUUUCUGAAAAUAAACUAUGCAUUUCUACUUUC